UAUUCGUGAAGAUAAAACAUUUUUUGAUAUUAUUGAUUGAAUGAUUUUACCGACUGAAUAAUUUUACCGACUGAAUGAUAUUACCGACAGUUUGACUUUAUCGACCGACUUAUAUUACCGAUUGAAUGAUUUUAUCGACGGGACGAUUGUACUCUUAUAUAGUAUAGAGAAUAAAUUUAUCCCUAGAAUACGUGGCGCUCCUGGUUAAACUAUAUACGUUUCUGGAUUGAUUUUUCAUUCUAUGGUGUCCAAGAUUUUAUCAUAGCGAUAUUCCAUCAUGUCGAAUAGAAUGUUUCUGCACGUUUAUUGCCUGGUGUGAAAUUUUAGAUAAAGUGUGCAAAUUAUUUACAAUAACGUAUUCAAUAUAAAUAUCUUAUUAUUUUAAAUUGUGUGUUCUUGGAUUAUAUUUUGUCGAUACCUUUAUGAGGAAAAAAAAAAAUACGUUUCUUGCAAAAAAUUAGUUUUUAAAGAAUGCGGCAUGGUGAUUUAACCUCAAAGUAUUUACUCGAAGCGCUUCUAGAUAAUUGAUAAAAGGAAUUUAUUGAGCAUAUCAAAAUUAAAUGAAAGAACAUUUUUCAACGGAACAAAUUUACUUAUAUAUAAAAAGACGGUGUUAAAUUUGUGAGAUUGAACGAUCACAACCUGUUAUAUGAUUUUUAGUACUUGAUAAUUGUUAAAUUUAACAAUGACUGAUUCUGAAACAAAGCAACCUCCAGUGGAGGAUAUAACGGAAAAAAGUGAAAACGAUCCAUAUGCGUAUCUCGAAAGAGAUAAUUUCACAUCAGAAAAGUUUAAAAUUGAAGUGCGUGGGUUGCCUAAAUAUUAUGGAAUCGGAGAGUUUAAAAAGUUGUUGAACGAAAAGCUUGAUUUACAAACUUGCAAGGUAAAACCACCAAAACAAUCUAGUGGUUGGCUGUAUGUUUGUUUCAGAAACGAAGAAUGUCGUCAACGAGCUAUUUCGACUUUAAAUGGAAUUUUAUGGAAAAACUGUAAGCUUUCUGCGCAGAUUGCUAAACCUGCUCCAGAUCCUUUUGUAAAAAGAAAAUUAGAAGAAAAUAAAACCAAUAAAAAAUUAAAAAAUGAACUUCAUGAUCCAGAUAUAUCAGCUAUGGAUAGAGUUAAAUUUACAACAACUCCUCUUUGGAAUAUGCCUUAUUCGAGUCAACUUGAAUUCAAGCAAAAUGAAAUGAGAUCUGUAUUAAUGAAAAUCGGCCAAAAAAUGCUUGAAGGAAAUACCCAUUUGUCCGAGUGGAUCAAUUCGCAAAAGAAAUUAUAUGAAAAUUUGCCUUGUGAAUUAAAACCUAUUCUACAUGCUCAAAGUACAGAAGCUUACAGAAACAAAUGUGAAUUUACAAUUGGUAAGAAUAUAGAAGGUGAUAAAGUUAUAAUCGGAUUUAGAUUGUCUAGUUACGCUGCUGGUUGCACAGCAGUAGGUCCUAUCGACGAUCUUUGUCACAUUCCUAAAAAUAUGAAAACUGCAGUAAAAGCAUUAGAAGAAUUUGUACAAAAUUCUGGAUUAGAACCUUUCAAUCCGGUAGAUCACAGUGGGUAUUGGAAACAAGUUACUGCUAGAACUAGUCGUCUCGAUCAGUUAAUGUUAAUAGUAGGAAUAAAUCCUCAAGAUUUGGCCACUGAAAAGUUAAAAGAGUUACAAAAUCAAUUGAAAGAAUUUUUUGAAUCUGGAAAAGGAUCCACCAUAGACGUUACAUCACUUUAUUUUCAAACAAUGGAAAACAAAAGUGUCGGUAGUGAAUCUAGAAAUCUUCUGCAACAUAUAAAUGGAACCGAAUAUAUUGAAGAAACUUUGUUAGAAAAGAAAUUUCGCAUAUCACCACAAGCCUUUUUUCAAGUAAAUACAUUAGGUGCUGAAGUUUUAUAUAAAGCAGCUAUCGAUAUGGCAGAACCAACUAAUGAUACUACAUUAUUGGAUAUUUGUAGUGGAACUGGAACUAUAGGUUUAUCUUUCUCAAAGCAUUGCGGUGAAGUGUUAGGAGUAGAAGUGGUAUCCGAUGCUAUUAAAGAUGCAAAACAAAAUGCUCUUCAGAAUGGUGUUACUAAUUGUGAAUUUUUUGUUGGUAAAGCAGAAGAUAUUUUAUAUCCUAUUAUUCAGAGGGCAACAAAAUCUCGUAUUGUAGCUGUGGUUGAUCCACCAAGGGCUGGUAUACAUCAAAAAACAUUAUUGACGUUACGUAAAACAAGAAAAUUGACAAGAUUAGUUUAUAUAUCUUGUGAUCCUCGAGCAGCUAUGAGAAAUUUAAUAGAUCUCUCAAGACCAAGAUCGAAACAAUAUUGUGGAGAACCUUUCGUACCGAUAAAAGCUAUUGCUGUGGAUAUGUUUCCUCAUACAAAACAUUGUGAACUAAUAAUAUGUCUUGAAAGAUUAUCCGAAGUAACAAACUCAAACGUUAAUUCGUAAAAGUUAAGUUAUUCUUAA